GACCCUGUUCGCCGCCCGUGUCCAAAGUCGCUGCUCAGCUUCGCGCACGGCUUCGCCGUCGCCAGAUACCUCGGUGAUCCAUCACCGUGACUCGGCUAUCGGUUUCCUCGUCGACCGAAGAACCGCGAAAAUCGCGGCAACUCACCGGAUAAACACCACCUGUCAUGCCCACGCCCUCCUCGAGCAGGCCGGACCCUCCAUCGCCGCGCUUCUACCCAUUCUCGUCAUGCCCCGACCCUGACGAGCAGCAGCCGACUCUGCAGCCAACCUCGGGAGACAAUCCGACUUCUCUUAGCCCCCAGUCACCAUCAAGCUGGCGGCCACUCUCCCCUCCCACCUACCCCGACGACCACGGCACGCGACCCGAGGCCCCCAUAAUCGGUGAGUCACGAUCCGCCACCAUGUCGCCGGGACCGCAGACCGAGGCCGACGCUGGUGACGUACGAAUGAGACAUGAAUCGGAGGCGAUGAUCACGGCAGGGGACAAUAACGGAGAGAGACAUAAGCCCGCGGACGUGGACGAGCAGAUGAGCCCGGUGGUCGACGAGCCCUCGCGCGGUGCCGACGCCCGUCACAGCGGGGUGGCCAGUGGGAAGAGCGAGGGAUCGGGGACGGCGGUUGGCAGCGAACCGUCGGGGGAGAGGAGGUCGAGGGCGGAGCAAGUAUUAGCAAGUCUGGGCGAAAUCCAGGAAGUCGAUGCGUGGGGCCCUGUCGGCAGGGGCCCGCGGUGGGCGGAGGACAGUGGGCUUAUGGGCCUGGGCCUGGAGUACUCACACAUGAGGAUCAUGACCCCGGCGCCGUCGCUGUAUCUGCAACCGGGGAGCAGGUUUGUCGGGACGCAGCAGUCGGAGCGGCAGCGGUAUGAUGUGGAGGUCGAGAUCAAGCAUGUGGACAUGCGCGAGUCGUUCCUGUGCGGAUACCUCAAGAUCCAAGGCCUGACCGACGAUCACCCGACGCUUACCACGUACUUUGAGGGCGAGAUCAUCGGCACCAAAUACGGCUUCAUCACCCAACAUAAAGGGUGGGGUGCGAACGAGAAGAUCGACCUCUCGCACUGGUCCAAGUUCACUGCGUUCCAGCCAUACCUCAAGCGUGCUCGCAAGGGCAGCCACACCGUGAUUCACGACGUGGACCAGAGGGAGAACAUAUUCAUGCGUUGGAAGGAGCACUUUCUCGUCCCGGAUCACCGCGUUCGGACUAUUAACGGCGCGAGUUUUGAGGGGUUCUACUACAUCUGCUUCAACCAGGCUAAGGGCGAGGUGAGCGGUAUCUACUUCCACAGCAAAAGCGAGAAAUUUCAACAACUGGAGCUCAAAUACGUGGAUAACAGAGGGUGUUUUGGCGCCGUGGAGUUCCGGUGAUUGCGACGAUCAGCUGUCAGAAAGAGAACGGGGAUUCUAGGAGCUUAUGCAUGUGCCCGGGGGAAGAAUGUUCCUUCGUCGUCUUUGGUUUUGAAGGGUUUUAAUCUUAUUAGCGUUUGCAUAUUGUUUUGUUGGGAUAACGGGUACGGGUUCACAACACAAUUAUGCCAUUGGACACACGAGAUCAUCACUGGGGCGGGAGAACAGGAGCAUAAUCACGAG